AUGUCUUUUACAACAUCAGCGGUGUCCGCUGUGUUGACCCACCUUGCCGACAAGCCCGAUGGCGGAAGUGAGAGGCGGUGGGAGGAUCAGUUGAAAGAGCAGCGCGAUCUGUACACGCAAUUUGUGAUAAGUUCGGCGCUAGGUCUGAGUGCUUUUUUAACAUUCUGUAUCUUGCGGCCAAAAUGGACCGAGCUGUACGCUGCACGACGACGGCAACGAAACGCCGCUUCGCGGCUACCUGAGCUUCCAGAUACCCUUUUCGGUUGGAUUCCCGUACUCCAUCGGAUCACCGAAGAGGAAGUACUGCAGUCUGCGGGGCUGGAUGCAUACGUGUUCUUGUCUUUCUUCAAGUUCGCCAUCCGAUUCCUUCUAGCCGUCUUUAUUUUCGCCGUCGCGAUCAUCCUUCCUUUUCACUACAAAUACACUGGUAAAUAUGGAGUCCCCGGCUGGGACAAUGUCCCCGGCAAUGGAACGGCAAGUCCAAUUGGCGAGGUCGAAAAAGAAAAGCCAAUCACAGAUCCUACAUAUCUGUGGAUUUAUGUUUUGUUCGCAUAUGUUUUCAGCGGAUUAGCGAUCUAUAUGCUUCUUCAAGAGACAAACGUAAUUAUUCGCACUCGGCAAACUUAUCUCGGGAACCAGACCAGCACCACGGAUCGCACCAUUCGCUUGUCUGGCAUUCCAAAUGACUUGGGAACCGAAGAGAAAAUCAAAGAGUUUGUGGAAGGCCUGCGAGUUGGCAAGGUCGAGAGUAUCACCGUGUGCCGGAAGUGGCGCGAGCUGGAUGAAUUGAUCGACGAGAGAAUGAAAGUCAUCCGCAAACUUGAGAGUGCAUGGACAAAACAUCUGGGAUACAAGCGCCCAAAAAGCGAUGGAAACACGUUGCCUCUGACCUAUCAGCAGCCCCGAGAUGGAGGCGAUGAACAGUCCGGGCUGCUUACUGACAUCGAAGACAACCAUGUCUCCGGUUACGCCAACGAAAGACCCAAGAUUCGGAUUUGGUACGGUCCGUGUAAGCUUCGCUUCCGAAUGAUCGAUGCUAUCGAUUACUACGAGGAGAAGCUACGGAAGCUCGAUGAAUAUAUUCAAAACGCUCGAGAGAAGGAAUACCCUUCUACUGAGAUUGCUUUUGUGACUAUGGAGUCAAUUGCUGCAUCUCAAAUGCUCGUUCAGGCAAUCCUUGAUCCCCACCCAAUGCAAAUGUUCGCUCGACUUGCACCAGCGCCGGCUGAUGUUAUCUGGAAAAAUACCUAUUUGUCUCGCCCCCGACGAAUGGUUCAGUCCUGGUCCAUCACCACCGUUAUUGGAUUUCUCACUGUGUUCUGGUCUGUGCUCUUGGUCCCUAUCGCCUCUCUGCUGGAUUUGAAGACCCUUCAUAAGUUUCUCCCUCAGGUGGCGGAGUUCCUGCAGGAGCAUCCGAUCAUCAAGUCUUUGGUCCAGACAGGUCUACCUACACUUGCUUUCUCGCUGUUGACCGUUGCCGUGCCUUAUGUUUAUGAAUGGCUAUCGAACAACCAGGGAAUGGUGUCUCGCGGAGAUGUAGAGCUGUCUAUUAUCUCCAAGAACUUCUUUUUCUCGUUCUUCAAUCUGUUCCUUCUCUUCACUGUGUUUGGAACAGCGAGUGGUUUCUAUUCAUUCUGGGAAAAUCUUCGGGAUGCUUUCAAAGAUUCUACCGCGAUUGCCUUCUCGUUAGCAAAGUCCCUUGAAAAUCUGGCUCCAUUCUACAUUAACCUGUUGAUCCUUCAAGGACUGGGCCUUUUCCCCUUCCGACUGCUCGAGUUCGGAAGUGUCGCAUUAUACCCAUUCCAUUUCCUAUCGGCGCGCACACCACGCGAGUAUGCGGAGCUUGCAACUCCUCCCAAGUUCAGCUACGGAUUUUCCAUCCCUCAAACGAUCCUGAUCUUGGUCAUCUGCGUUGUUUACAGUGUGUUCCCGAGCUCGUGGUUGAUCUGUCUAUUCGGCCUGAUCUACUUCACGGUCGGCAAAUUCAUCUACAAAUAUCAACUCCUCUAUGCCAUGGACCACCAGCAACAUUCCACCGGCCGCGCAUGGCCGAUGAUAUGCAGCCGCGUAUUUGUCGGACUAAUGGUUCAUCAGCUGGCCAUGAUCGGUGUCCUAGCUCUGCGCCAAGCCAUCACUCGCUCGCUGCUUUUAGUGCCACUUCUAGGCUUCACCGUUUGGUUUUCCUACUGGUUUGCGCGCACGUACGAACCCUUGAUGAAAUUCAUUGCUCUCAAGAGCAUCAACCGCGAGCAGCCAGGUGGUGGCGACAUCUCCCCGUCGCCUUCAUCAACUCUCUCGCCACCAUCAGGUUUGGACCGUGACAGGCUGCCGAUCCGCAUUGGAGGGCAUGAUCUCGAGUUGCGGCUGAAGAAGUACGUUAACCCGAGCUUGAUUAUUCCGCUGCAUGCUGCCUGGCUUCCCCGCCGCAUCCCUGCUCAAGGCAAUGGCAAUGGUGGGUCCGCCUUCGAGGCUCAUCAGACGCCGAAUGUUUGA